GCGUGCAUGAAAUUCCUCGGGAAGUGUCCAUGCCCAUGGUGUCUUGUUAGCAAAGACAACAUUUUCAAAUUAGGGACAAAGUUCGAUCGACGACAGCACACCAGAAAUUCUCGAGUCGACAAUCAUCCACGGCGUAGUCUCAUUGAACAAGCCCAUGAUCUCAUAUUUGUUUGA